AUGUCCUCGGACGAACAGGCCUACCAGACGGGCAUGGUCCUGACGACGGCCCUCGCCAGCUUCGUCACGGGCUACAUGUUUGGCAUCUUCACCACGCGUGGCUACCUCAUCUCGCCCGCCCUGGCCGAGGAGCGCCGGCGGUACCACAACGACCCGGUCGAGAGCGACGAGAGCGACGUCGACGUCGACGGCACGCCGCUGGACCACGCGCCCAACUGGGCCAACGGGCUGGACGCGGACCGCCGGCAGGGAUUGCGCUUCCGGGAGUCGGGGGUUGCGGAGAGGAAGAGCCUCAUGGGGGAGAGCAGCGAGGAGUGUAAGCUGGUGUUGGUUGUGCGGACGGAUCUGGGCAUGACAAAAGGCAAAAUCGCUGCUCAAUGCUCGCACGCCACGCUCGCCUGCUACAAGGCCCUCGCCAGCGCCGACCCGUCGUCGCCCGAACGCCGCGUGCUCUCCCGGUGGGAGCGCUCCGGGCAGGCCAAGAUUGCCGUGCAGGUCAAGAGCCAGGCUGAGCUGCUCGAGCUGCGGGGCAAGGCGCGCGCCAUGGGGCUCACGGCCGAGGUGAUUCAGGAUGCUGGGCGGACGCAGAUUGAGGCGGGCAGCAUGACGGUGCUGGGCGUGGGACCGGCGCCCAAGAGCUUGGUGGAUAAGGUUACGGGGGGGUUGAAGCUGUUGUGA